AAACGUAUAUUGUCACUGUCAUUUGUUAAUCAAGGUCAAGUUUUUAGUCAGCCACAAAUUCAUAAAUCAAUCCAAAUCCAAAAUCAUUCUAGAUCGAAAGGGGAUAGCAGUGGCUAGUUUUGUGGUGCUAUAGUGAUUUAACAUCAUAAUUUAAAAGAAAAAAAAGUAAAAAAGAAACAUGCAUCGAACACUAAGCACCAUGGCUGGUCCAACCGGCCAAAAAUUUGCAACUUGGUUAUUAGCAAAAAACGUACCCUGUAUAACGAAUUCACCAACUAGAAGUUACAACGUUCCUGCAGCUUCUGAACCGUUCUUAAACGGAAGCUCCGGCCAGUAUGUGGAAGAUAUGUACAAUGCUUGGUUGGUCGACCCCUCCAGUGUCCAUGCGUCCUGGGAUUCAUUUUUUCGAAAUUCUUCUCAAGGAGGCGCCGGGUACCAAGCACCACCGUCUUUAGCACCUUUAGGAAAGAAUGAGCUACCAGUCACCUCAUUUUUGCCAGCCUUGGCCGGAUCCACCGGUCUUGGAGCCGCACCGAUCAGCGAAAAGGUCAUCGACGACCACUUGGCGGUUCAGGCUAUCAUCAGAAGUUACCAAAUUCGAGGACAUCACAUAGCUAAGUUGGAUCCCCUUGGUAUUAACAGCGCAGAUCUGGACGAUCAGACGCCACAAGAGUUGGUGUACAAAAACUACAACUUUGGCAAUCAGUCGAGAACGUACAGCGAAGAGUUGAGAAGACAGGUCCAGCAACUUAUGCAAAAGGAAACCGAUAUGGAUCGAGUAUUUAAAUUGCCAUCAACGACAUUUAUCGGUGGAAAAGAGAAAUCCUUGCCUUUGAGAGAAAUAUUGAGACGACUAGAGUUAACCUACUGCAGACAUAUAGGUGUUGAAUUCAUGUUCAUCAACAGUUUGGAGCAGUGCAACUGGAUCCGACAGCGACUAGAGACUCCUGGCGUUACAGAUCUGACACCCGAAAAUAAACGACUCAUUUUGGCAAGGUUGACGAGAGCUCAUGGAUUCGAAUCGUUCUUGGCAAGAAAGUACUCUUCCGAAAAACGUUUCGGACUGGAGGGGUGCGAAAUCCUCAUACCUGCAAUGAAAACUGUGAUAGAUAAGUCAACAGACUUAGGUGUAGAAAGUAUAGUUAUGGGUAUGCCCCACAGGGGUCGUCUUAAUGUAUUAGCUAACGUUUGCCGCAAACCCUUGCAUCAACUGUUUACCCAAUUCGCUGGCUUGCAAUCUGCCGAUGAUGGUUCUGGUGAUGUCAAAUACCACUUGGGCACAUACAUUGAAAGAUUGAACCGUGUCACAAACAAAAAUAUAAGACUGGCUGUAGUAGCAAACCCCUCUCAUUUGGAAACUGUCGAUCCUGUUGCCCAAGGAAAAACUAGAGCCGAACAGUUCUACAGAGGCGACGGAGAAGGCAAAAAGGUUAUGUCCAUACUCUUACACGGUGAUGCUGCAUUCUCUGGCCAAGGUGUUGUAUUCGAAACUAUGCACUUGUCAGAACUACCAGAUUACACAACUCACGGCACCGUCCAUAUUGUUGUUAACAAUCAAAUUGGUUUCACCACUGAUCCUCGUUUCUCCAGAUCUUCACCAUAUUGUACAGAUGUUGCUCGUGUAGUUAACGCACCAAUAUUCCACGUCAACGCAGACGAUCCAGAAAGUGUUAUUCACGUAUGUAACAUCGCUGCAGAAUGGAGAGCAACUUUCCAUAAAGACGUCAUCAUCGAUUUGGUAUGCUAUCGUAGGAAUGGACAUAACGAAAUUGACGAGCCGAUGUUCACACAGCCCCUUAUGUACAGAAAGAUCAAACAGACCAAACCCUGCAUAGAUAAAUACGCUGAACAACUAAUCACCGAAGGAAUUGUUAACGAAGACGAAGUGAAGUCUGUUAAAGCGAAAUACGACAAAAUCUGCGAUGAAGCUUUCGAAAGAGCUCAACAAGAAACCCAUAUCAAAUACAAGGAUUGGAUCGACAGUCCCUGGUCAGGUUUCUUUGAAGGAAAAGACCCCUUGAAAGUCAACCCCACCGGAGUUAACGAAGACACCUUGGUACAUAUUGGAAAACGAUUUUCUGCUCCACCACCAAACGCUACUGAAUUCAUUAUCCACAAAGGUAUUGAACGUAUUCUCAAAUCCAGAAUGGAAAUGGUUGAAAAUAGAAUUGCUGAUUGGGCUCUUGGUGAAGCCAUGGCUUUCGGUUCCUUGUUGAAGGAAGGUAUCCACGUUAGAUUGUCUGGUCAAGACGUUGAGAGAGGCACUUUCUCACACAGACAUCACGUUCUGCAUCAUCAAACUGUUGAUAAGGCUACAUACCGCCCAUUGUGCAACUUAUAUCCUGAUCAAGCACCUUACACAGUCUGCAACAGCUCCCUCUCUGAAUAUGGUGUACUCGGUUUUGAACUCGGCUAUUCUAUGACCAAUCCCAACGCUCUAGUGAUAUGGGAAGCUCAAUUUGGAGAUUUCUGCAAUACCGCUCAAUGUAUUGUUGACCAGAUGUUGUCUAGCGGACAAGCUAAGUGGGUACGUCAAACCGGUUUGGUUAUGUUGUUGCCUCACGGAAUGGAAGGUCAAGGUCCUGAACACUCCAGCGCUCGUUUGGAACGUUUCUUGCAAAUGUCCUCAGACGACCCCGACUACUUCCCACCUGAAAGCGACGACUUUGCCGUUCGUCAACUUCACGAUAUCAACUGGAUCGUCGCCAACUGCACUACACCGGCCAAUCUCUUCCACAUCCUCAGAAGACAAAUAGCUUUGCCUUUCAGAAAACCCUUGAUCAUCAUGACCCCCAAGAGCUUGUUACGUCAUCCUGAAGCUAGGAGCUCGUUCGAUGACAUGAACGAAGGAACAGAAUUCCAGAGAAUUAUUCCCGAGAGCGGACCUGCAUCAAAGAACCCAGAAGGUGUCGAAAGAUUGCUGUUCUGUACCGGAAAAGUGUACUUUGAUGUCUUGAAAGCCAUCAAAGAGAAGGGAUUGGAGAGUAAGAUCGCUAUGACACGUGUUGAACAACUUACUCCUUUCCCAUUCGAUUUAUUGAAGCAAGAAUGUGCUAAAUAUCCAAAUGCUCAGAUUUCUUGGCUGCAAGAAGAACACAAGAACCAAGGAGCCUGGAAUUAUGUCCAACCAAGAUUCGAGACCACUUUGUCUGGACAAAGAGCUAUUAAUGAGGAACAGGGCGAUUCGGGUUGGUUUGGUAAACUGUUUGGAGGAAAAAAACAGGUGAAACCUGAACCGCAAGAAAGUAUCGAACAACCCGAUACGAGGGUGAUAAGCUACGUCGGCAGACCCUGCGCCGCCAGUACCGCAACCGGUAGCAAAAACGCGCAUUUGAAAGAAGUUGCCCAACUACUAGCAGACGCUACAAGACUGUAAACAGCAAGGUUUUCUAAAGAACUUGUUCACAAAGUAUUAGAUCUACGACACUAUCCUACGAGUUUCUUGUAAUCAAAAUGAUUGUAGAUGACUUGAAAAUUUUUGAAACAAUAUUUUACCUAAAGAAAUGCACUGUUUUGCGAAGAGUUGUCAGAUAUCUUUGACACUUAAAUAUGCUGUGUUUUUUUAUUUAUUGAAGGGGUGAAAACAGUUGGUAGGAUUAUAAUGGCGCCCGUAAAUAUAAUGAAUUUUUCAGUCUUAUAAUAAUAUGUCUGAGUAUAUUUUUCUAAUAGAUUAUUGUUGUACUUAAACUUAUGGGACUAUUAGAUAUUUUUAUUAUUUGUUUGCUAAAAUUAAAAUCUUUAGAAGAUAUAUUUAACAACUUAAAAUAAGGGAGAAAUACGUUAAUAAGAGUAAUAAGGGAGAACGAGUAAAUCAUCUAAAAUAUGCAGACGCUAUGAUAUCAAUAGGCAAUAGAAUAAACGAAUUACAGGGGAGGAUCUAGAGCAGUGGCGUACCGAUAGAUCAGCGGGCCCUGGUUUGAGUUGGGAUGCGGGUCCACCCGCCCAGUAAAAACUCACAUUGUAUAACACGAGUAUCGAACAUCUAGUAACAACUUAAAAUAAGGGAGAAAUACGUUAAUAGAGUAAUAAGGGAGAACGAGUAAAUCAUCUAAAAUAUGCAGACGCUAUGAUAUCAAUAGGCAAUAGAAUAAACGAAUUACAGGGGAGGAUCUAGAGCAGUGGCGUACCGAUAGAUCAGCGGGCCCUGGUUUGAGUUGGGAUGCGGGUCCACCCGCCCAGUAAAAACUCACAUUGUAUAACACGAGUAUCGAACAUCUAGCCUAUUGUAUUGGGAUUAUUUUUUUUUGACCCACCGUAUAAAACUUGCAUUGAAUAUCUCAGUUUCCGAAUUUCUGCAAGUUUGUAGUUUACCUACCACUUAUUCAUGGAUCGUGCUAAUAUAAAAAAAUACAAGUGUUUGAGUUAGCACGUUAGGCAGGCACCGGAGGUUAUUCUUUAAACAAGGACUUCGGCAAGCAGGUAAAACGAGCAAGGCCUUACAAAAGCGUUCCCUGUGUUUCUUAAAAGUUUUAAUUUCAUAUUUUUUUAUGAAUAGUUAUUCUUCGUUUUUAUUAAUAAGUAGGUACGUACACGUAGGUAGUAAAAUUUAAAUUUAUUAAAGUUACAUUUCGUAGUGUGUACUUGUGUAGUUCAAAAUGUCCCCGUCAAAUAUGAAACAAAAGAAGCAAAAGGCGCUUUAGAGCAGGCCCCUGCGAGGCCCGGGCCCUGGUUCCGCGGAACCAUGCUCAGUACGCCACUGAUCUAGAGAACUCUUAAAAUUAGCUACAGGUGGAUGUUAUUGAUCAAUUUUCUGGAAUGAGCUUUCAAGAAAGAGAAGGCUCUCAGUCUAAUAGUUCCGAAGCUACCGGCUAUUUUGGUUUCAGUCGAAUAAGGCAAUACAAUAAUGGAGAGUACUUAAUUUUCCCGGAGUGGAUCAGGCUACCAAAUACUGUGACCAUUGCAUAUAGCAAGUAUUUCAGUAUCUUAUGAACAAAUGUUAAAUUAGACUUCUAAACUUCGAUGACAGAAGACGUUUACUUAAUAAUGCGUUAUGUGACUUGAAUAUGCCUUAUAGGAAUAAGGUGACACGAAUGAAAGACAUCUCUUCGCUAAAGAUCUUAACACCAAAAGUUAUGUAAUAUAUCAUGUUCGUACUAAAUUCGCUGUGGGAUAGCUUCUCUAGAAAAAAAGAUUAUAUACGCUACUCGUACCAAUUUUAAAUUUGAUCCCUUUAUUGAUUUACCUUCAAAAUAUUUCAUGUAAUUCCUUAAUACUAUCCUUAUAUACUUAUUAUAUAUGUAUCUUCUUCUACGGCACUAGAGCCCAAAUUGAGCUUUGGCCUCCACCUUUGAUUAUUUGUGGCUGCUCUUCUCCAUACACGGACUCCUAAAAUGCUUGUGCGUCGCUGCUUACUGUGUCUUCCCAGCGCUUACUUUGCUUUCCAACCGGUCUUUUUCCCUGCAUUCUAGCAUUCAGUGCUCUUUUUGGUAUCAUAUCCUCUCCCAUUCUUAUCACAUGUCCGACCCAUUGCAAUCUUUGUAUUCUAAUGAAGUCUGACAGGGGUUGAUAAAGCUGUCUCUUUCCCUGCAUUCUAGCAUUCAGUGCUCUUUUUGGUAUCAUAUCCUCUCCCAUUCUUAUCACAUGUCCGGCCCAUUGCAAUCUUUGUAUAUUAAUGAAGUCUGACAGGGGUGUUUUCUCAUAAAGUUGAUAACGCUCGUUGUUGUAUCGAAUUCUGAAGAUUUAUGAUAUAUCUAACGUAUUCCUUUUAAGCCUAGUAAUUCUGCCAACAAGUUUAAUUUUUACUUAAUGUAUAUUUAAUUUUUUGUAAUUCGGUGAUUGAAACGUUUAUGACAACUCUUCAACCAUGUAAUUAUGUAUAUAGCACAUAUUAUGUAGUUGUUUAUAAUAUUUAGUGCAGAUUGUGAAGGAAGGCAAACCAAAUAACUCGUUUUACCAGACGUUUUUAUAGGACAAUGUUUUAUCACGCUGAAAUAAGACAUACCAAAAAUGCUGUUUCUCUUAAAAUAAAAACCCGCACAUCUUUAGUAAAAGAGCAUGAUCUUGAAACGCUCAAAAAUGGACAGAAGAAAUUUGAAUUGAUGAUUUUUUCAAAUCUGAAGAAAAAUCUAUGAAUUUGUGAUGAUCUAGAUUAAUUAGAGCUCCGUAUUUAGAGAACGAAACUUGAAUUGAUGAUUUUUUUUCAAAUCUGAAGAAAAAUAUAUGAAUUUGUGAUGAUCUAGAUUAAUUAGAGCUUCAUAUUUAGUUCAAAUGAACUAUCACAAAUUUGGAAGAAUUUGACGUUGAAAAAUUGAGCCGAUAUUGGUAUACAGCUCUUGUAAUAAUGUUGCAUAUAUCUUUCAUUCUUCUACACUAUUGAACGUAGUUUUUUAACACGUCUGGAUCUUUAUAUAUAUAUUUAUUAAUGCAAAUGUACAGUAUAUGUGAUGUAAAAUAAUAUCUGAAAAUAUCUUUUGCUUUUCAAGUAUUUUAAUAAAUCAUAUAAUUUUAAAUUUAGUAUAAGUAUUUAUUGUAUGGACGUAUAUAAUGCUUGGAUAUGGUUGAAUGAAAGUUUUGUUCCAUU